AUGGAAAAUUUCUCUGACAAGUUAAGGAUGUCUCUUAGAAAGUCUUUAAGUUCAAAAGUUUACUCAUUUACUUCAAUCAGUUACAAGAUUAAUUUGAAGUUCGAUUUGGUACGCCCAACUGUUGAACAUUUCUCAGAAACUCCUUUUUAUGUUGAUGCUUCAGAAGUUUCAAUUUCAUGCAUGAUCACGGUUGAAAGUGAAGCGAAAAAAUAA